AUGACGAACGUUCAGCGAGAGUCUUCAGAGGAAGAGUUUCCGUCAACGAGUGUUUCAGCCCGUCAACUUCCAGACACUUUCGAGAAACAGGGCCACAUCCAGAGAUCAGUUGGAUGCGUGCCAGAAAGUUCACAUAUAAACAUAUCAUGUGAGUUACAUCGACGAGCCAACAACAGCAACAACAGCAACAGCAACAACAAUAAAAACAACGCCAUCGGCUGUGCCAACAGCAAACAACGUGCAACAUCUCAUCUCAAAUUAUUUUAUGCCGAAAGUUUUUUUAUUAGUAAUCUUCCCGAAGGCAACAACCACAACAUCAACAACAACAUCAUCAGCAACAACAACAAAGACUACAACAACAACAUCAACAACAACAACAACUACAACAUCAACAACAACAAUUGA